UUGCGCUUUUCCAACACUAUCAGUUUUCCUUGGUGUUUUGGUUAAUCAUGUCUGGCGGGGAUCGAGAGCAGCUGCGUCUAUUCGUUGCCGCCAGUAGGAGACGCUUGAGCGACCUGCUAGGGAGCCUCAACUGGAGCGAGCAGAGGGUGAUGGAGGCCACAAGUAAACCGAUACCAGAGCAGAACGCGGAGAUACUGGAGCAACUGCCCCCAUCGUGCUGCUCCAAUCCCGCCUUUACCGUUCAGCUAGACGACGCAUCUAUCCAAAAGAUUAUUGGAUCGGACACAAGCCAGCCAAUUGGCGCCACCUCCUUUGAAGAUCUGCAGGUGGCACUCAAGGCGCCAAACAGGCUUCUCAUCUACCAGUAUGUUCUGCAGCACACCGCGAAGCACCCGCAGUUCGGGGACAACGCCGCCUUUGCCGAACUCGUGGGCGAGACCAAGCGCGAGGGAAAGAAGCAACGCCGCCACCGCAAGAGCAAGCCCACGCUCAAAGAAGAGCUGCAUCAGCUGGUCAGCCUUCAGAUGCAGGCGCUGCAAAGGCAGUGGGAGCAGGAGAAGGCCCGGAAAGAGGAAUGCAAGAAGAGGGAGCGGGAGCACAGGGUAAGGGAGGAGGAGCACGGGAGGAGGGAGAAGGAUCACAGGAUGAGGGAGUCGAAGCACGGCAGGAGGGAGCAGGAGCACAGGGAACGGGAGCACAGAUAUGCCGGCAGUCGAAACAGGAGUUGCAGUCGCAGUCCAGAGAGGCAGCGCCAUGUACACAGGCAUCGGGAGGAGCAAGACCCGCGCAGGCAUCAUCAUUCUCACUCCACUCGUCAUUAAAACAACUAAUCUUCAUCUAAA